GCACCCCCAAUAAUCAAACUCUGAUUGAGCCAUGUGAGGUCCUAAUUUGGCUAUAGACUCCAUUCAUCAAACAAACACAUUUGACCUCUCUCUCUCUCUCUCUCUCUCUCUCUCUCUCUCUCUCUCUCCCCUUGUGAUUACCGAUACAACCCCAACUCGAAGAAGGAUUCUUUUUUGUCGCAUCAGUAGCCUCUUUGCUGCCGGCGAUAAAUACAAUAAUAACUCCAACCAAAAUCCAGAAUUUAGUGGGCAAAUGUACUAGUACUUUCUAUCAUGAAAAUCAUGAGAAAUUUCGUAACCAAUUUUGACCACAUCAUUGCUUUGUGACCGGGGCAUGGGCAGUUUAUUUUUCUCGCCUACAUGGAAAGAAAGCGUCGAAGCUGGAAGUCUAAAAGGUUUCGCCGUUGGUUUUUGAGGAAACAGAAGAAAACCGAUCUAUUUCGGCUUGACGAAUUUUCAGAUGGUGGUGAAGACGAGGAAGAUUCUACUGACAACUCUGCGGUUUAUUCAACCGAGACAGAUCCAUGCGCUGCAAACGAUGAACUGAGAGUUUUUGUGGGUACUUGGAAUGUGGCGGGAAGGUCACCGGUGGGGAGUUUGGUUGUGCAUUUGGAUGAAUGGCUGAAUAUCAGAAAUGAUGCAGUUGACAUCUAUGUUCUAGGACUCCAAGAAAUUGUGCCGUUGAAGGCGGCGACAGUGAUCGGAGCGGAGGAUCCAACGGAGGCUACGAACUGGAAUCAACUAAUAGGAGACACGCUCAAUAACAAAUAUGGAGGUUCAUGUCCAUGGCUACAACCAAUGGUGCAUCCCAUCAAUACCAGUGAUGAUGUACCCCCCAUCUCUAACAGAGACAGCCCACAAACAACACCAUUUCCUGCUAAAGACAGUGAUAGGUACAGAUUGAUGGCCAACAAGAAGAUGGUUGGAGUCUUUAUUAGUGUGUGGAUGAGAAGGGAACUGCUCAAGCGCUACGAUGUCUCAGGCGUUAAAGUCUGUUCCGUUGCGUGUGGUAUAAUGGGAUUUAUGGGAAACAAAGGGUCAGUUUCGGUCAGCAUGUCUAUAGGGGGGGCUAGUUUUUGCUUCAUAGCUGCACAUUUGGCCUCUGGAGAGAAGAAAGGUGAUGAAGGGAGAAGGAAUUACCAGGUGGCAGAGAUCUUCAAGCGAACUUGCUUCCAGCGCCUACCCGAGGAUGGAGACAAGCUUCACCCUUUAACCAUUUUAGGACAUGAUAGGAUAUUCUGGUUUGGAGAUCUCAACUACAGAUUAUACCUAGAAGACAACCUAGCAAGGCAGCUAAUAAAAGAGCAAGACUGGAGAUCACUGCAGCAGUUUGAUCAGUUGAGGAGGGAGUUAGAACGUGGUGGCGUAUUCCAAGGUUGGAGAGAGGGAAACAUAGAGUUUGCUCCCACUUACAAGUACUCUUCCUACAAUUGCAACAGGUAUUCGGGUGGACUUCCAAGUAGAGCAGGAGAAAAGCAAAGAACUCCAGCAUGGUGUGACAGGAUUCUGUGGUAUGGUAAAGGAGUGAAGCAACUUUCCUAUUUCCGCAGUGAAAUUAAGUUUUCCGACCAUCGGCCUGUAUCAGCUCUUUUCUCUACUCAGAUCAUGAAAUCUGCAAACACAAACACAAGGUCCUCUGUAGUCUCAGUCCCCACAACCUUCCCUGCCAAAACUCCCAGCAAAAUUGUAAAUGAAAUGGACAGUGAAGAGGCAGCAACACCCACAUUGCUCUCUUUAAUUGAGAAGGACGUGAAAGCUUCGAAAGCAAGUAGACAGACUACUACUAUUUGAUUCACUAUGAUGCAGUGAUUUUUUUUAUUUCUUUUUUUUGGAUGUGUUUAUACUGAAAAGCCUCAUUUACACCCAGACCACUCCACAAAACACAAACUAAAGUCAGAGCACGUGGUUGGGGAAAAAUAGCAAAAACUAUGUGCAGUUUUGAAAGAAAUCUCUAGAUAUUGCCUGAUGUCAAAGUUUAGAUAGGAAACAUAACUGAUACUUUUAUACAGUUGAUAUAUUCAUUA